AUGAGCAUCCGGACGCCACCCACACUCCGGAAGCUGGCAGCGAAGCGCCUGCUGAGGGACCAGGCCUCAGCCAUUGCCGCUCUGGAGUACCUGCCCGCUGAGCUCUUCCCAUACCUGUUCGAAAUGGCCUACCGUGGAGGACGCCACCCCCAGCUCCUGAAGGCGUUGGCCCAAGCCUGGCCCUUCACUGUCCUCCCUCUGGGGGUCCUGAUGCAGCGUCCCCCUGAUCACGCCCCAACCAGGGCCGCGGGCUUACAAGCCGUGUUUGACGCACUUGACGUUCUGCUUGCCCAGGAGGUUCGGCCCAGGAGGUGCAAACUGCGGGUGCUGGAUUUAAGGAACACGGGUGCCAACUUCUGGGAUAUGUGGCUUGGAGUCAGCACCGAGACUUGCUCACUUAGAGAACUACUGACCAUGCACAGCUCCGGCCCUGGCAUGGAGCACCCCCUGGCUCCCUUGGAGGUGUUCCUAGACCUUACCUUCGAUGAAAGGGACCAGGAUGAGUUCUUCAUGCACAUCAUCCAAUGGGCCCAGCAGAGGGAAGGGUCGCUACACCUGUGCUGCAAGAAGCUGAUGACUUUCGGGGCGCCCUUCCAGAGGGUCAGGAGGGUCCUGGAUGGGGUGCGGCUGGGCUGCAUCCAGGAGGUGGAAGUGAACUGCACCUGGGACCUGUCCACCCUGGGGGCUUUUGCUCUCUACCUGGGAUCGAUGAGUCACCUGCAAGAAAUCCUUCUCAUGGGAAAGUUGACUGCGGACUAUAUGCUCAGGCUGCGGCACCUCCGGGACCUCGAGCUAUGUUCUCUUUCCUUCCUCCCAGGCCGCCUGGACCAGGUCCUCAGGUGCCUGCAGAUUCCCUUGUACAAAUUCUGUGUAAUGUGCUGCCCGCGGCUGACGCAUUCAGACCUGACACACCUGUUCCAGUGCCCGAACCUCAGGGAGCUGAGGGUCCUGCAUCUAUUUGGCGUCGACCUUGCGGAUUUCAGUGAGCCCCUCCGAGCUCUGCUGGCGGCAGUGGCACCCACCCUCCAGUUCCUGGGUCUGGAUAAAUGUGAGAUGGCGGACUCCCAAGUCGAGGCCAUCCUGCCUGUCCUGAGCCACUGCCACCAGCUCAGACACUUCACCAUGUAUAUGAACAACUUCCCCGUGGCCACCGUGGAGAAGCUGCUGCGCCACACAACCGGGCUGCGCAGUUUACAGCGCGAGGUGUACCCGGUCCCCCUGGAGGGUUACAGGACCCAAGGGACCGUCAACAAGGAGAGACUCGCCCUGAUCCAGGCUGAGCUCGCGAGGGUACUGAGGGAGUUAGGACAGCCCAGGACCAUCCAGCUUGCCACCAAGCGUUUUCAACAUAGGAAGGUUUAUGCGGUGGUAUUUUCAUGA